AUGCCUAGAGGCGGAUGUAAUCCCGGAGGCUUUGGUCCCAGAGGUCCUCGCCCAGGAGGUUUCGGUCCUGGAGGCCCUGGUCUUGGAGGCCCUAGUCCCGGCGGCCACGGUCCAGGAGGCUUUGGUCCUGGAGGUCCUGGAGGCCACGGUCCUGGAGGCCACAGUCCUGGAAGCCAGGGCCCCGGAAGCUACGGCCCCGGAGGCUUUGGUCCCGGAGGCCAUGGUCCCGGAGGCUUCGGUCCCGGAGCCCACGGUCCCGGAGGCUUCGGUCCGGGAGGCCGUGGUCCCGGAGGGUACGGUCCCGGAGGUUUUGGUCCGGGAGGUCGUGGUCCCGGAGGUUUUGGUCCGGGAGGUUGUGGUCCCGGAGGUUUUGGUCCGGGAGGUUUCGGUCCCGGAUGCUUCGGACCCGGAGGUGGAGGAGGCAAAGAUCCUGAGAUUCCAUUGAAACCUGGAAAGAAGCUAGAUGCAAAAGGUGGUGGUGAAGGAGAUAUAUGGGAUGAUGGUGUAUUCGAUGGUGUUAGAAAAGUACAUGUUGGACAAUAUACUGAUGGUGUAUCUUUCGUUAAGAUUGAGUAUAACAAAGGUUCUCAAGUAAUCAUCGGUGAUGGCCAUGGAAAACAAUCAAUGCUUGAACCAGAAACGGUUGGUAAGUAUGAUAAAUUCCACCAAGAGAAAGGCGGCAAUAAGACAUGGUUGACGACUUUGACAUUCGUAACUAAUAAACGAACAUCGAGACCAUAUGGGCUCGAUGCUGGCGAAUCUUUCGAACUCAAGGAAGAAGGUUACAAAAUCGUCGGGUUCCAUGGAAAAGCUAGUGAUUAUGUUCAUCAAAUCGGAGUCUAUGUCGUGCCAAUCACCAAUUGA